AUUUUCUGGCCCACGGCCUCCGGCGACGUGUGUGGGGGAUUCGCGUCGAGGCGCCAGGGAGUAUCUUUUGGGGGCGGUGUCUAUACACGUCGCGUUUCUUCGUAUUCAGUGGUCUCGAUAAAGCAACGAUGUUUUCCGCGAGGGCAAGUCGUGUAAUGCAGCCCAGUGUGCUGCAUCGCCUCAACAGCACACUGGUGGUGGCUGAGCAUGCUGACAACAAGCUAAAUGCCAUCACACUAAGUGCCAUCACCGCAGCAAAGGAGAUCGGCCAUGAGAUCACCUGCAUAGUGGCAGGAGCCAACUGCAAAAAUGUGGCCGCUGAAGUCGCCAAGGUUGGUGGCGUCUCCAAGCUGCUGGUUGCUGAGAGUGAGGCCCUGGAGGGCGCGCUGGCUGAGCGGGUCGCCCCAAUCCUGCUGGCCGCCCACAAACAGUUCAACUUCUCACACAUUGUUGCCGGCGCCACGGCCUUCGGCAAGUCGGUGCUGCCGCGGGUGGCGGCCAAGCUGGACGUGUCGCCCAUCUCGGACAUCAUCGGCAUCAAGGGCGCCGACACGUUUGUGCGCACCAUCUACGCAGGUAAUGCCAUCAUGACGCUGAAGUCGACGGACCCGGUGAAGGUGGUGACGGUGCGCGGCACCAACUUCGAGCCGGCGGCGGCCGAGGGCGGCGGCGCCGCGGAGGAGCCGGCGCCGGCCGCCGAGCACGACGCCGCUGCCUCCCAGUACGUCGGUCAGGAGCUGAGCAAGAGCGACCGGCCUGAGCUCACCAGCGCCGGCAACGUCGUCAGCGGAGGUCGCGGCCUCAAGUCGGGCGAGAACUUCGAGCUGCUGUACAAGAUGGCGGAUAAGCUAAACGCGGCCGUGGGCGCGUCGCGAGCCGCCGUCGACGCCGGCUUCGUGCCCAACGACAUGCAGGUCGGCCAGACAGGCAAGAUCAUCGCGCCGGACCUGUAUAUUGCGGUCGGCAUCUCCGGAGCCAUUCAGCACUUGGCUGGAAUGAAGGACUCCAAGACGAUUGUUGCCAUCAACAAGGACCCGGAGGCCCCUAUCUUCCAGGUGGCCGAUCUGGGGCUGGUGGCUGACCUUUUCAAGGCUGUGCCGGAAAUGACGGAGAAGCUGUGAAUGCUCUCAGACCGGCGCGGCCCGUGGGGAACAGUGCAAACGAUGGGCCUGGCACGCCUCUGUAGGAAGGACCGAGUCGGCGCCCCGGUUUGUCCAGGUGGAGCGCACGUCGCUGUGUCGAAAGGAACGGCAGUCGCGGGGGCGAGGUGACUGGAAUGGGAUGAGGAGGCACGCUCUGCUGCCGCCGUGUUCAGUGGCCAGUAGGUACAACUGGAGGUGGCGACUCCGUCAGAGCGCUGGGGGCUGGUUUUAUUUAACGGAGCUCACUUGUAGCCUGCGCAAUGGAACCUGUGCGGUUAUAAUGGUUGAUGGGAGCGGGAUUGCAGGGUGGGCCAUAAAAUGACAACAGGUUUUAUUGUAGUGCUGAUGUGCAUACUCGUAUUUUCUGUGCAAAUGGACGCGCUAAAUAUAUGUUACGACUAGAAGCGCC